GGGUCCCCCGGGUCACCCAUGAGGCUGGAGGCCGCGGCCAGGAUGGAUCUGUUCCGGAAGCUGUGGAGGGCGAGGAAUCUGAUUGUUGUGCUUUUCAUCCCGCUGUGUCUGCUGCCACUUCCGCUCCUGCACCCCACCAGUGAAGCGUGUUGUGCGUAUGUGCUGAUCGUCACAGCCGUCUACUGGGUGUCAGAAGCUGUUCCCUUGGGGGCCGCCGCCCUUGUCCCCGCCUUCCUAUACCCGCUCUUUGGGGUGCUCAAGUCAAGUGAGGUGGCGGCGGAGUACAGCAAAGACACCACCCUGCUGCUGAUGGGAGUCAUCUGUCUGGCUGCGUCCAUCGAGAAGUGGAACCUACACAAGCGCGUGGCCCUGCGCAUGGUGAUGAUGGCGGGGGCCAAGCCUGGCAUGUUGGUGCUGGGCUUCAUGUGUUGCACCACCUUCCUGUCCAUGUGGCUCAGCAACACCUCCACCACGGCCAUGGUGAUGCCCAUAGCGGAGGCGGUGCUGCAGCAACUCAUUUGCACCGGCAUGGCGGACAACAUGGAGGAUGACAUGGAGGAUGACAGCGACAAAGAAGAAAACCUGGAGAACAACCGACUGGAGCUGCACGACAGCAAUGACUGCAAGAAGAAACAGGAGCUGUCUGCACUUUGCCAGGUCGCCAGCGGCGGGGCCAAUGGAGCGACUCCAAACGCCACCCAGGAGGUCAUCAGGCACACCAACGGACAUUUGCCGCAGGUUGCCGUGGAAAUGCCAAACGUAAAGCGAGUGAAGGCCAGGCGGGACUCCCAGUACCCCACCAAGAGAGAUCACAUGAUCUGCAAAUGUCUGACGCUCAGCAUCACCUACGCUGCCACCAUUGGCGGACUCAUCACCAUCACCGGCACCUCCACCAACCUGAUCUUCGCCGAGCAGUUCAACACCCAGCCGGGACAAAGACGUUACCCAGGUGCAAAAGUGAUCAACUUUGGCACCUGGUUCAUCUUCAGUUUCCCCAUCGCCAUCAUCAUGCUGGUCCUCACCUGGCUGUGGCUUCACUUCCUCUUCCUGGGCUGCAACUUCCAGGAAACAUGCUCACUGAGUAAGAAACGCAAAUCUAAGAGGGAGAUGAUGUCAGAGAAGAGAAUACAGGAGGAAUAUGAAAAACUGGGACCCAUCAGUUACCCAGAGGUGGUCACCGGGGUUUUCUUCAUCCUGAUGACUCUGCUGUGGUUCACAAGAGAGCCGGGAUUCGUUCCCGGCUGGACGUCUCUUUUUGAGAAAAAAGGUUACCGGACUGAUGCAACUGUGUCCGUCCUCCUGGGCUUCCUGCUCUUCCUCAUUCCUGCCAGGCGACCCUUCUCCUCGUCCUCCUCCAGCUCCAGAGACCCUGUUACAGUGUCGGAUCCACUGGCUCCCAUGAUCACCUGGAAGGACUUCCAGAGACUGAUGCCGUGGGAGAUCGUCAUCCUGGUGGGCGGAGGCUACGCCCUGGCUGCCGGCUGCAAGGUGUCAGGCUUGUCGGUGUGGAUCGGCCGACAGCUGGAGCCCAUGAGCGGACUCCCACCCUGGGCCGUCACCCUGCUGGCCUGCCUGCUGGUGUCGGCGGUCACCGAGUUUGCGUCCAACCCGGCGACCCUAACCGUCUUCUUGCCCAUCCUGUCUGCGCUGUCCGAGACCCUGCACAUCAACCCCCUCCACACUUUGAUCCCCUCCACUAUGUGCGUGUCAUUCGGGGUCAUGCUUCCAGUGGGGAACCCCCCUAACGCCAUCGUCUUCAGCUACGGACACCUGCAGAUCAGCGACAUGGUGAAAGCAGGAUUCGGGGUGAACCUGAUUGGCGUGGCGGUGGUGAUGUUGGCCAUCACCACGUGGGGGGUGCCACUCUUUAAUUUGACCGAGUUCCCAGCCUGGGCCGUGGCCGGCAACGUGACCAGCAGCUUAUAGCGCCCAUCCGCAGCGUUUCUACGGAAGGAAUGGAAGUAAUGUGAACUGUAUUAGAAUGAUAGUUUUGUGGGGCCAAUUCAGUAUUUUCAUCAUUGGACGGAGAUUCUUACUUGCCGUGUGACGCUGUACUUCAUCAAUGUUUAUGCAGAUAUAUCUCAUGCUGCUACAUUUCACCAAAGUUCUCACACUGUAAACAUAUCAGCAAUUAUUGUCAAUAAUAUGAAUAGAACAGCUUUAUGUGAGCUUAUUAUUCUUUCAUGUGUGCUUUUAUGGACAUGAGGACUUUUGAUGGAAUGACGGACAUCAAUGUGGACUACAAAAAGGUGUCCCAGUUGAAUAAUAAGACUGGUUGCCUUGGUGAUGACUUCCAUUGGGAAGCACACGCAUGCAUGUUGUGAUCAUUAAUGUUCAAAUCUGCUGCUAAAAGUAUGAACACUGUACUGCACAAAAGUCUACAAGCUGUUUCAUGUUUUCUUACACAGUUAGGCAAUGACCUGUGUGGAUUUGAUGGCUUUUACCCUAGCAUAGGUACAAUCAAGAUGAUGCCUUCAUUUUUAUGUGUGUAAUUUAUUCAUGCCUACUUUUUUGUAAAUACAUACAGGCUUGUGCUGAAGUGUUUACUUUUUGUCCAG